CACACAUGUCCCCUAGUAUAUUAUUAUAUAUACCAUAUAUUCCCAGUCUAUAUAUCACACUUUAUUAGUAUUAAAUAAGUGAUAUACAACAGUCUGGUUACAUACCAUGGUUUUGUGAAUAGAGCUGAUUGUGAAAUAACUGUGUAUUAUUGGCAAUAGCUGCACGAGAGACAGUCAAUAUACCACACUCCAGACCUCAAGGUACGGUAUUGUGGAAUGAUAAAAUCUGAAAGCUGAUAACCAUACCAGUAUUUUACUAAUUUAGCAAAAACAUCAACGACUGCCAUCAUGGAUUUAAUCACGGAUAAAAUCACAGAACUUCAGGAAUUUUAUGAUGGCGCCCUUAAAUUAUCUGAUGAUCGUGUUGCAAACUGGUUGCUCAUGGGAAGCUACAUGCCUACGUUGAUGCUAACAGCUCUUUACUUAGUGUUCGUGUUGGUUGUACCAAAAUUAAUGGCCAAACGAGAAGCCAUCGACUGUAAACGAGCCUUAAUGGUUUAUAAUUUUAGUUUAAUUAUUUUAAACUUACAUACAUGUACAGAGUUGUUGAUUAAUUCAUACCAUCUAGGUUAUAGUUACAUAUGUCAACCCGUGUCUUAUAGUAAUAACCCCCGCGAGAUACGCAUCGCGAAGGCCUUGUGGUGGUUCUAUUUUUCGAAAGUGUUGGAAAUGCUGGAUACUGUGUUUUUUAUUUUACGUAAGAAGAACAAUCAGGUUAGUUUUCUCCACGUUUAUCAUCACGCCACCAUGUUCCCCAUCUGGUGGAUCGGAAUAAAGUGGGUCGCUGGAGGACAAUCAUUCUUUGGAGCCAUGAUGAAUUCCUUCAUUCACGUAUUGAUGUACACAUACUACGGAGUUUCAGCUCUCGGACCACAGUUCCAGAAAUUCCUAUGGUGGAAGCGUUACCUUACCAGAAUUCAACUGAUCCAAUUUGUCAUCGGAAUCACCCAUGCUGUUCAGUCACUAGUAUUUGGAUGUGAUUUCCCGGCCUGGAUGCACUGGGCUCUCAUCUUUUACGGUUUUAGCAUCCUCUUUCUCUUCCUGAACUUUUAUUUCCACGCUUAUAUCAAGGCUCAAAAGGACAAAAAACAAAAACAUGUUAAAAAUGGAAAACCACAAACUAAUGGUCAUGUUGAAUCAAAGAAAAAAUUAUAGGAGUUUUUUUCGUUAUCUACUUUUCAUUUUCAUUGAUAUUUAAUAAGCAUGACUAACUUUAUUAUACAGGAGACACUCGGCAAACCUCGGCAGAUUCCGGUACCCUACAUCUAUCCUCGGCUGUAUGACAGUAAGUGAUAUGUACCUACGCCUAUACAUUUGCGAUGCGGCACCGGUUUACUUAUAAGGGAAACUUGCCCGCGUUUACAAAGAAGUUCUCAAAAUUGCGUCGUUCGAAGAGUGUGUAGAAUUUUCAGUGCAAAUUUGUCAGUGCAAAUCGGAUAAACUUGAAAGAAAAACAGCUUCAAACUUUGAAAAUUUUGUAAGAUGAAACAUUCUUCAAAUACGUCGUCAUCAAUGACGUCAGUGGUCGUCAGGGACAACGCCAUUGUAAUCUGGGAACUUGAAAGUAGUUCUAAUGGCGGACUUUGUCAUACAGCCGAGAUUAGAUGUAGGGUACUAGAAUCUGUUGAGGUUUGCCGAGUGAUACAGGAGAAUGCUAGAUCAGAGACGGUCCUGUUCAUAUGACGUCAUAUGUGGAUUGUGUGUUAGGGUAAAGGUUAGGCUUGGUCCAGGGUUAGGGUUAGCACUAGCCACUAGUCCUGUUUACAUCUCGAGAAAUAAGUAGGUCCUAAGCCUAACCAUAUGACGUCAUGUGCUAAAAUAUGCAAGACUGUCUCCGAUCUACCGUUCUCCCUAUACCGUAUAUACAUUGUAAGUUCUGUUUCUUGUAUGGCUGUUAUUAUGUAAUAUCGCAAGCCUGGAUUAAAGGGGCACCUGUCACAGACAACAUCAGGCACAAACGUCAGGCACAAUCCCACUGGCGCCUGUCAUUAUGUCUGGUACAAAUUUAUCUAUUUUCUGUGUUUUUAUUCAAUCUUUGGCAUUAAGUUGAAAAUGGCAGGAAUUAGUUCAUAAGAGUCUGACAUUUUGUCAGGUACAUGUACAACUAAACCUAUUAUAUCCUGGCCAGGCUGGUAUAUUAGCUUCUAUCAGAUUGAACACCUGUAGUAUUCCAAAGUCUUAAUCCACAAAAACAAAACUUAAACUAUUAUUAUUUAAGAAUGUAACCAUUUCAUUGGGUGGGGGGUUAAUAUUCUAGCACUAAUGUUACUGCUCCCCGAACUUAAGCCUUUGGCCAUUGAAAGGGCCGAGUUCUUAAAUUAUUUUAGUUUUAAGUUUUUGUGAAUGAGACCCUGGUUAUUUAAAGAUGCAUUAUGUAAGAGCUAAAUCAUUAAUUAGACAUUUAUUUACAAAGUAGGCCCACAAUCAACUCUCUUGUACUUCACAUGGUUUUGAUUUGACAGUUAAUGAUUUAAUUUAAAAAUAGAUAAUCAUGACUUUGUUUAUUAUCGUAACAACGGUAGCAACGACAAUUGAGUCUACAUUUUUUAUAAAACAGACAUAACUCCAUUCAGAAUGAAGUAAUUUAACAUAUUCCCUCUUCUUUAUCUAUUUUUUAACUCUUAUUUAUUAUAGAAAUCUUACAUAAUGCAUCUUUAAUCAUUAUUAACCUUAAAUUCAAAUGAAAAUCUUUUAAGAUAUAUACUGUACAUUAUCAGACUGUUAUUAUCAUGCAAAUUGAACUGAUGGAAGGCUUGUAUUGCUAUUAUAAUAUUGGUUUCUAUCAGAUUAAAUAGUAUUCAGAAAUUUAUUAUGAUAUACAUUUUCAAAUUUUUACAACUUUGCAUAUAAAUAUUGAUUAAAUAGGAAAUUAUAUUAUUCCUAUCAUUUAUAGGCAUUUAGAUUCUACACUUGAAAUUUCCUGGGCACUUUCAAUUUUGAAUACCGGUAUAUGUAUAAGAUUUAAAUAUAAUUACGCACAGGUGUGAAACAGUUAACUAUGCAUCACCCAAUGUUGUAGGGGUUGGUCUGAAAAUAAGCUUAUCCCUUUUUUCAAAUUCACAAACUAAAUUUUUAUCUUGACAUAGUCACAAGGGAGAUUACUCCUGUUUGGUUUUUCUCUUCAGCUUUAAAAUGCACUGUUGUCAUACAUUUUUAUACAUUGUUAUUUCAAGAGAAACUAGUCAAAUUUUUAGAUCUUCAAAUCAAAAACCUAAUAAACAUUUUAACAUGAUGCUACUUGUAUUAAUUGUACAUAAAUACUGAUUUCAGUAUAUAUUGGAAUUAUAAUUUUUUUUUUAAUUUACAAGUUAAAAGGUAAGCUAAGCAAUGCACAGUCAUCCUUCAGCAUCUUUUUACAAAAGAAAUUUUUAUUUUGCAAUUGAAUUUUCUAUUUAGCUUAAGCCGGCCUCCAUUCUGAAAUUCUCCCUGUCGUAUGUCAUUCUGUCUUGGCUAAUCAUUUCAUAACUAGGCUAAUUUUGGCAUUUCACAGUAAAUUGUGGCGUUAGCAGACAAUUAUAGACAUGAGCUUCUCCUCACACAGCAAUCAUAUCUGUGGACUUCAGUCUGGGAAGUAAAAAUCAACCCUUUGUGGCUAGCCAUAAUACGCCACAAUUGCCUAAGAUAGGAUUAAAAUUUUUGAACAUAUUCGAAACUCUAUGGUAUGCUAAAUUAUUACAUCUUAGCUAAAUCGUACAUUAUAUCACAUAUUUCCUAAAAUGGAACAAUGUUUGUACUAAUAUUAUCGCAGGCUACAAUGUACAAUGUACAGAUAUUGUGUGUAAUUGUAACAUACAUGUACCAACAUGAAAAUCACAGUGUGUGAGGUCGGCUUUAGUCUUCACCAUGAUAUUCUAUCUUUAUUGACAUUAUGUCUCUUUGUUUUCAUAAUUUUUUAUUAUCAAUGUUCGUGUGUAAGCUUUACAUAUAUUUCAUUUAUACAAAUAUGUUAUAUCGUCAUUCAAUGUCACUUAUUAUAAAUUGCAUAAUUAUCCAAUUUUAAUUAAUGGUAAUUGCAUAAUUGCUUAAUUGCAUAUUCAGUAUUUGAUGUACAUGUAUGAUUAUUUUAAUAUUUAUUUGUUAAAGAUUUACACUUAUUAGAAUUUGUAUUAAUAAAUAUUUUCUCAACAAUUAUACUAGGACACUGACUGUGAUCAAUCUUAAAUAGGUGUCAAGUCCUGAUGUUUCAUUUUAGCGAUAUCAGGGUUCCCGCGGUCCUUGAAAAUCCUUGAAUAUCCUUAAAUUUAAAAUUUCAUUUUCAAGGUCUUGAAUAUCCUUGAAUUUCGCGGAAAUAGGAAAAUAUCCUUGAAUUUCAGUUGAGAUCCUUAAUUUUGUUUCAAAUGUCUACAAUUCCUUUUAAAUAUGAGAUUAUAACGACAGUUGGUAAUGUUUUGGUUAUUUUUAAGAUGAAAAAUUGUAAUUUUAGGCUAAAAAAUGUCCUUGAAAAUCCUUGAAUUUGACGUAUAUUUAUCCUUGAAAAAAAUUUUGACGAAGUUGCGGGAACCGUGGAUAUAGAAUCCCUUGCAAACUGCAAUAUUGUUAAAAUUAAAUCUUUAAAAGGAAUAUCAGUCCAGGAAUGGUUCGUUUUCACUCUGUAUUUAUAAAGAUAUGUUGAAUUGACAUUUCAUCAAUCUAUGUUGCUUGUUAUGCAAGCCUUGUUGCCAUUUUGUUGGACACAAAACUUAAUGAUCAAUGAUAGUCCUGUUUUAAAUCUAAAUGAAUCCAAGCAGGGACAUUACAGUAUCUGGCAUUUUGUUUUCUUAAUUAGGAUAUUAUUUAGCAUUUUGUUUUCUUAAUUAAAUAAUCAAUUUGCGUAUUUAUUAGUGUGUAUUUAGCUGUGGGAAAUUUGAUAUAUUGACACAUCAUUACUCCAAAACUUCUCGACUGCCAAGAAUUUACCCAUCACUAAAAGUGCUGUAAAUGCGUGCAGACAAGAUCGUAUCUCAGUGUGAUACAGUUUGAAGUUUGGGAUAAAAGGAAAUACUCCUUAUAAAAUAAUCCAAAGGUAACCCCAAAGUAACCGAUUUGACAUAUAUUUGUCAUUGGAGAAUUGGUCACAUGAGGGAGCCACAGUGGUUCAGUGGGUAUGGCACUGGCUCGCUAACCCCCAGAGGUCUUCAGUUUGAUCCUUGUGUUAGUUGCGAAAUUCCUCAGGACUUUCCAGACGGGUUUCCCCUUGUAAGUAAUGCAGGGCAGAGUGUCUACUAAGGAACAAAUACUGUCUAGUUGUCCGGAUAGAACAGAAAACCAAAUUAAACAGGCUGUAUCUUUAUAUAAAUGACAAAAAAUUCUAAUAAAUUUAGCCAGGGUUGUUCCAGAUGGAGAACUGUACAGCAUUUAGGAGCUUUAAAGUUAAUUGAAAAAGCUUGGUUUGAAACUUAAUGGGGUGAUGGAGGGGGGGGGGCAUAACUUUGGGAUUUAGGAUUAAUACAUUCUUAAUUUUAAAAAGGUUUUACUUUAUCCAACCAACUUUUACACAAUUCUAUUGAGAGCUAUUACAUUGAGAUCUUCCUCUUUUCUCUGUUCAUGCUAAUGAUUAAUAUGUGUUUAUGUAGAUUUUGUUGAUGUCUUUGUAUUUAUAUUAUUUAUUGGUUUUGUGUUCUAUGUGUAAAUCUUUAGCUCUAUAUCACAACUUUUUGAAUAAACUUUUUACAACAUCA